UUUCUUUAAAAUCGCCCUCACACUCAGUCUCAGACACACUCCCAAAUUCAAACUCCUACUAGGGUUUGUCUUUCGAACAUCCCUCGAAUUAUCCCUGUAAUGCAUCGGAAGCCCCCGAUUUUAUCAUGGAGCCAGCAAUGUACGGACACGCUAACCCCAUGACCAUGUCCGGACAGAUCGGAGACGGAGAAAACGACGACGGCUCCGGCGAGGUCGCCAUCGACGGCCACCACCACAUUCAGUACGAAACGCAUGCUCUUGAAGAAGAUAGCGGUGGAGUUGGUGGUAGCGGCGUCAUUGAGGAUGUUAAUUCCGAUGCUGUAUAUGUUUCUGGCCACGGUGGUGAUGGAGGCCUUGAAUUGUCUUUUCCACGAUGCGACGAGUCUAGCCAGCUUACGCUGUCGUUUCGUGGUCAAGUUUAUGAUUUCCCUUCUGUUACACCUGAUAAGGUACAAGCGGUAUUGUUACUGUUGGGUGGAUGUGAACUAUCUUCAGCGGGUUCGGCAAGUGUGGAUACUGUGCCUCAACAAAAUCAGAGGGGUUCAAUGGAAUAUCCUGCAAGAUGUAGUCAACCACAGCGAGCUGCCUCAUUAAUUAGGUUCCGGCAGAAGAGGAAAGAGCGAUGCUUUGAUAAGAAAGUUAGAUAUGGUGUACGUCAAGAAGUUGCACUCAGGAUGCACCGUAACAAGGGUCAAUUUACUUCAUCUAAGAAACAAGAUGGAGCUAAUAGUUGGGGUACAGAUCAGGAGUCGGGGCAGGAUGAUAGUCAAUCACAAACCUCAUGCACACAUUGUGGCGUAAGUUCAAAAUCCACCCCAAUGAUGCGGCGAGGACCAUCUGGUCCACGGUCACUUUGCAAUGCUUGUGGGCUUUUUUGGUCAAAUAGGGGUGCUUUGAGAGACCUUUCUAAGAAAAAUCAGGAACACUCUCUUGCACCAUCUGAGCAGGUUGGUGAAGGCAAUAACUCGGACUGUCGGACUCUUAUCCCUACGCCUAACGAUCUUGCUGCUUUCUCUGAGAAUGAUAACUCAGCUUUGGUAGCUGAUCGUUGAGUUUUCCUGUUACAGAAAAUGCUAGGGUCGUUGAACUUGGCAUUAGUAGGUUUGUAGUAAUUCCUUUCAUAUUGACCGAUAGGAUGUACAGUUAUAGCAAUGCUCUCAUCAAUAUAAGAGGUAUAUUUCUAUUGCUUGGAUCAGUGGCAUUAACUGUUGAUCUCUGAAUGUAUAGCCUGGAAUUUAAAUGAUAACUCGGUGAUCUUGUACCGGGGCUUCAGUCUGACCUAAUACUCUUGGUAACACAAAAAAAUAAAAUAAAAUGGAUUCUUGCAAGUCAAUAAAUUAGAUUUACAAGAUGAAAUCCUUAAACCUUUAUCAUGCAAGUAAUUGUGGCUAUACAAUUUAUGGUUGUGUUUGAUGCAUGUUGAGAGACCGUACAAAUAGAAAAGUACAAUACAAGCCAUUGAAUCACAGUAUUGUUUUUGUUAGCUGUUUGAUGAUCAAUGCACAGGACUAGGUAUUUUGUGAUAUCUGUGGAUAUAGUAAUGUAAAAUUUAUUGUAGAAUUUGUGUUUGUAUUGUUUUGCACAUAAUAAAAAUUGGAUAACGAAGGAAUGAAGGUUAUUGGUUUUUAUCUCUUCUGUAUUGUGGAUAAGAUUUUUUAACCUGGUUUAGUGGAGAACUUUUUUUAAGAGAUUUGUGUUGUUUUUACAGUUGCUUUUUGCCCAAUAUUUAUG